AUGUUAUUUUUACACUUGGCCCUCUUAGCUUCGUUGUGGUGGAGUACACUCGGCGGCGCUGCGACUCUAGGUUCUUCAACCCUUCUAGCACCAGAGACGCCGACGUUGGAGAAAAGAUUGAAUUGUAAUGGUCGUGGCAACUUCGUCGUCUAUGAGUCCCAUGAUGCCAAUGGCGGUUAUUCUAUGAUUUGCUUGAAUGGAUAUGUUCUCGCUACAUGUAGCAUCUAUGUAGCUGCAUCUGGUCAGGUAUUCACGACGCUAAAAGACAAAGUAGUUGGCUGGGUCACUGGCAAAAAGGGAGACGCCUCAGAUGCGGGUCCACAGGUGAAGUCCCUAUCGACACAUGCUGUAACAUGGAGCGAGCUGUACGCUCAACAUGCCACAGCUGGAACGGACAAGUAUGACAUAAGCAACGGGACUGAUAUCGACGACGGAAUAACGGCAUUGGCUCUUCAUGAGGAUGGUUUCUCAGCAUCGUUCUCACUUGCGAGAGCCGGCCUAAUCACUGGACGAACGGACGAUGCCUCCUGCAGUGAACAGAUCCAUAUCCAUUACUGGGCCGACCGUGGCCACGACUCGACCGUUCUCAGCAGUUCAGGAAUAGGCUCUCUCGUAUAUAAUGGCCUCAAUGACGCCUACACAAAGGAUAGAGGGCAAGCCUGUUACGAGAUGACAAACAACGGUAACUGGGAGGGAUAUCUGAGAGUUUGCUUCAACAAGAACAAGUCUCAGAAGGGUUGUUAUUCAUGUGGUGGACACAAUAACUGA